GUGUGCCACUCCAUCAUAAAGCUGCACGGAUAUUCUUUGGUCCUCAUCCAGCUACCACUGAGACAUGGCCCCCAAGAAAGCCAAAAAGAGAGCAGAGGGAGCCAGCUCCAAUGUGUUCUCCAUGUUUGAACAGGCCCAGAUCCAGGAGUUCAAAGAAGCUUUCACUAUCAUGGAUCAAAACAGAGACGGUUUCAUUGACAAGAAUGACCUGAGAGACACCUUUGCAGCUUUAGGCCGUUUAAAUGUCAAGCAAGAAGAGAUUGAUGAGAUGUUGACGGAGGCACCAGGGCCGAUUAAUUUCACAGUCUUUCUCACCAUGUUUGGAGAGAAACUAAAAGGUGCUGACCCAGAGGAGACCAUCCUGAACGCUUUCAAAGUCUUUGAUCCUGAGGGAAAAGGAACGUUAAAGAAAGACUUUGUGACAGAGAUGCUGACGACCCAGGCAGACAGAUUCUCCCCUGAAGAGAUGGAACAGAUGUUUGCAGCAUUCCCACCAGAUGUAGCAGGAAACCUAGACUACAAGAACCUGGUCCACGUGAUCACACAUGGUGAAGAGAAAGACCAAGAGUAGAUUCAUUAUUCCUGGAGACUGACCUCUGGAUAUUUAAACCAAUGGGUCAUGUUCAUGCGGAGAUAUGUGCAUGAGCAUGCAGACUACAGCAGAAAUAUAAGGCUAAAAAUAACUAUUUCACACAUCAGUUUCAACUUUUUGAAUGUGAUCACGCUAAGUUAAUUAUUUAAUUCUUAUAGUAUGUAUAGGUAUGCCUGUUACUACACUUUGUACAUGUAAUCUUAAUAUACAAUCAGUGAAAUGAAAAGUUGAUGUGACCACAGAAAAGCAAGUGUUUAAAAUGUUUUGAUAUAUGCUAAGUGAUAUUUUUGCUGUAUGAAUAAAGCAAGGGAGGGUUGAUAUCACUGGCGAUUGUACUGA